CCCGGGAGCUCUUGGCAGUCAAGUGGGCUCAUGAGGGAUGGAGACACUGGUUGGAGGGGGCACCUCAUUCUUUCGUGAUCUGGACGGACCAUAAGAACUUGGUCUCCAUUCAAGAAGCCAAGAGGUUGAGGCGAGAGAGAGAGAGAGAGAGAGAGAGAUAGGGAGAGCCAGUGCAGAGCAACACGGUAUCACAGAUUAUUAUGAAAUAGACAGAAAUUGCUUAUUGGCACGCUCAAAUUUUUUUGGGUGUUGUUGGAAUGUACACAACUGCUUUACGAAGUAGGAAAAUUGUGUAAUAUACACAAAAUGCGUUAUGAAGAAAAUCGUGUAAUACAUACAAAAAAGUGGACUUUUUCAUGUGCCUGUCACAAAUUUUGAAUAAGUAAUUGAUGUGUAUUUCACAAUAAGCUGUGAUAGUGUGUUGUGCAGAGAGAGAGCACAGAGCCAGUGGAGAGAGAGAAACUAGGUGUCUAUGUCUAUUUUUACUCCACUCCACACAGUGAGGCUGUAGAGAGCGCAUGCAACAGAGGCAGUGGAUGGAUAGCUGCUUGCACACACCCCACCGUGUGUAGAGAAGAAGAGGAGGAAGAUGAGAGAGUAAAGGAAAAUAAGUAAAGUAAAGGAAGACGAGAGAGGAAAAUACAGCAGCAGAAUCAUCUUCCUUUUUCUGUGGAGUUAUAUCUUUCUCGGUUGUCAAGACUGACAGACACUGGUAGAGGAGAAGCUGUCUAUUAAGAAAAACCUUACUGCACGGGACACCUACCCCACCCCGUACUGAUCCUUGGUUUACUGCUGCCUGGAAGUGGGGAGAAGUCAUCUGUUGGAAUCCAGGGGCUCAGAUGCUUUGGAGCAUGCAGUAUUGCUACAGUACUGGUCAAAGACUAUAGUGCCGGACCGAGAUGGGACUGUAUCGGCAUUGGACCAGCUCAGGAGUGUCUGUGUAUUUACUCUGCCUGAACCCUGAAUAAAAGGGGGAUGUGACUGAAGAACAGAGAGGCAGCAGUGUGAUGAUGGUCUGGUCUGUGUGGUCCCAGUCCCCUCGUCGUUUUGUCCAAUCCCCUCCGAGGACUGUUAUAAUGGUAUGAAUCAGACAGGCGGGGCAUCCCCCUCUACAUGACCACGACCUUCUUCUACUGAAUCACACACACAGGCACUAACACAUGCACAAUAGUAGCUUGAUAAUUCACACACGCACACACAUACACACACUUGUGUGUACUGGCUCAUAAGCAAGCACACACACACACACAUCGAACAUUUACCUACAACACAAACACCAAAUGAUCACAAUCACACACACAUGCAUACAGCACCGUGGUAUCAGGAGUUCAAAGAGCUUGGAGCAUCAGACAGACAUAUAUGAGCUGUUCUGGACUUGAUUUACAAUUGCAGGAAAUCUGCCUGCCCCGCCAGUGAUGAGACAGAUGAGAUUAGAAAGCUGCUGCUGAGUUAAAGGCCUGUUCCAUUAGUAUCUCUCCAGGGGACAACCAGGGAGGACCAGGCCCAGGCCCCUGCCUCUCUGCCUGGCCUGGCUGGCCUGCACUUACUGAAUCCACAUGGCCCACCCUCACACUGGCCCUCACUAAUGCACAAAUACAUAAAUAAAUGGAAUAAAUAUUUGAAUGUAUGUUUUUGCUUGGCUGAAAACCCCCCACUGUUUGGAGGACAAACUGAUGCAUCUAGAUGCUCUCUGGGAUGGAGUAACAGAGUUUUAUAUAAAUCAUUUUGGUGAUUAUUUUGUGAUCAAUCUAGAGACAACUGAACUAAAGGGGACACUUAUUCCCCAACCAAGGAUUUGGAUUCUACAGACUACAGUUGGAUUCUACAUAAUUUUGAUGUACAGUCAUUAGCAUUCAGGCCUUCCACAGAGGAAGAGUCUUUGUGUUUUGUGCGGUGGCCUCUGAGGCUGAAGCUGCACCACCUGGGAAUACUACUGUGAGUUUAUCAACAGGAUACAUCUCUGACAGUUUAUCUGUGAUCCAGUCAUCCAUCAACACUCCCACCAUGGCCAAAACAAACCCCAGAGAGAGAGCGAGAGAAAGAGAGCGAGAGUGAUAGAUAAAUAGAUAGAGGCGUGUUGGAUAUAUCCAGGCUUGCGUUCUCUUUCCCCUUCCUCUCGGCCGUACUGGAGAUGCUCACCGUGGCAGACACCCAUACAUUCUCAUGUCAUUAAUUACAGGAAGGAGCUCACAGCCUAGCAGUCCGGUCCAUUAGCCAAUCAAAAGUCCGGUCCAGUCUGGCCCAGGUUGGAGUGAAUCUGAGUCAAUCUGCUGGCUCUGCUAGAGAGGAACUCUUCAUGGUGACAUUACACCUGAUUCGGAUGCCUGUCUGUGUGGAUCUAGCUGGCGAUGUACCUGACUACGAAGCCCUGCUGGGCCUCAGAUAGAACUGGAGGGAAGGGAUAAUGCAUAUCCUUCCCCCUCUGGAGAGAGAAGGCACCAUGAGCAACGUCACCGACUACGCAGCCGAGCCCAUAAGCCGAACCAUGUCUCCAGCCACGCCCUACCCAUACCCCUACCCCAUCUCCUUCCAGGUGUCCCUGACCGGCUUUCUGAUUUUGGAGAUUGUGCUGGGCCUGAGCUCCAACCUCACCGUGCUGGCUCUCUACUGCAUGAAGUCUGACCUGAUCUCCUCAGUCUCCAACAUCGUCACUAUGAACCUCCACGUCCUCGAUGUAUUAGUGUGUGUCUGUUGUAUCCCACUGACCAUGGUGGUGUUGUUGUUGUCUCUGGCGGGGGAUACAGCCUUAGUUUGUUGCUUCCACGAGGCCUGUGUGUCACUCGCUAGUGUCGGCACGGCAGCCAACGUCCUCGCCAUCACCCUGGACCGGUAUGACAUCUCUGUGAAACCGUCGAACCGAGUGCUCACCAUGGGCCGAGCUCUGGCACUGCUGGCCGCCAUUUGGGUGCUGUCUUUCCUCAGUUUCCUGGUACCUUUCAUCGAGGUGGGGUUCUUUGCCCCAGGCCAGGCUGAGCGCAAUCAGACACUAGCGGCUGUAACCACGGUGGCUCAUACCAACCAGUACCAUACAGAGCUGGGGCUGUACUACCACCUACUGGCUCAGAUCCCGAUCUUCUUCUUCACGGCGGUCAUCAUGCUCAUCACCUACUCCAAGAUCCUUCAGGCGCUCAACAUUCGCAUCGGGACGCGCUUCCACACGGCGUCGCAGAAGAAGGCCAGGAGAAAAAAGUGUCCUUCUAUGACGGCUAUGACGUCACAUGCGACAGUCGGGGCCACAGACGCAUCCCUGUCCAUUGGCCGCACGCUCCCGACCAUGGGCAUGCGGACCUCCGUUUCCCUCAUCAUCGCGUUGAGGAGAGCCAUUAAACGCCACCGGGAACGUCGAGAACGGCAGAAACGCGUCUUCAGGAUGUCGCUACUUAUCGUGUCGACGUUCCUGCUCUGCUGGACUCCCAUAACCACUCUCAACACAGUCAUCUUGACAGUAGGCCCCAGCGAAUUCACGGUCAAGCUGCGGUUGGGCUUCCUGGUCAUGGCGUACGGGACGACAAUCUUCCACCCGCUGCUCUACGCCUUCACCAGGCAGAAGUUCCAGACGGUUCUAAAGAGCAAGAUGAAGAAGAGGGUGGUGAGCAUCAUCGAGGCCGGCCCACUGCCCAACAACGCAGUAAUCCGUAAAUCCUGGAUCGACCCCAGGAGGAACAAGAAGGUCACCUUUAACGAGGACACAGAGGCCAGGCAGAAAUGUCUUCAGUCUUCUGAGGAUGCUGUGGAAUAAAUGAAUUAAAUCUAGUCAUUCUAUUUCUAUGGAAUGAAUUAACUACUUAAGGACAAGACACACCCUAAGGAAUGUUGACAUAGAGCAAAAUAUCACCUACAGGGUGUCGACGGACGGUGGUGAUUCAACAUCUAGGAUGGUCGGAAAAUGAACAGAAAAUGGUCUGUGGUCAAAGUUGAUAGGACCCCCACCCGCUGCUUUUAACUGUUCCUCGACAUCGUCUGUUUUUCCUUUAGUGCACUCUUCUACACUCAAAGCAGUGGAGGCUGGUGGAGGGCUAAAUCAGAGGACUGGCGCAUAGUAAUGGCUGGUAUGGAAUUAAUGGAACAGUAUCAUACAUUUCACAUAAUGACACCAGCCUCCACUGACUAAAAGAAGGAAACAUUUGUAGGUUCAUCAGGUUGAGAUUUUAAAAAAGGGAUACUGAACAAAAAUAUAAAUGCAACAUGAAUUACAGUUUAUAUAAGGAGAUCAGUCAAUUGAAAUAAAUUA